UGCUGCCAAUCAGUGACACCUAUCAAUGCCAGUCAGUGCCACCUAUCAGUGCCAGUCAGUGCCGCCUAUCAGUGCCAGUCAGUGCCACCUAUCAGUGCCAUGUUUGAGUACUGCCUUUCAGUGCCCAUCAGUGAUGUCUGUGAAUGCCCACCAGUGAUGCCUGUCAAUGCCCAUCAGUGCCACCUACCAGUGCCUCCUAUUCAGUGCCCAUCAGUGCUGCCUAUCAGUGUCCAUCACUGCAGCCUCAUUAGCGCACAUCAGUGAAGGAGAAAAAUUACUAAUUUACUAAAUUUUAUAA